GCCCCGCUUCUGACCAAAACUCUGCCAGAAUUUGCGGAGAACUUGUUAACUUCUACUUAGGCUCUUUGGACGUCUAGCCACUAUGUAUAUCUACAAGCAAUUAGGAUGCCUUAGGAUCCUUGCCUUUGAGUAUUACCCACUGAGGAAGACGGCUUCAUCACCUAGUAGGUUUCCCGCGAAUCUCAUUUCUACAGAUUAUUCCGACGAGACACAAUGAUGCUGGCAGGUCAAAGAUCUAUCGACCGAGGUUCUGUUUCAACACCUCGGCCUCAGGACCCGAUAGCAAUAGUGGGCAUGGCUAUCCAAUUUCCUGGUGCACAGAAUGCGGCCGAGUUAUGGAACAUACUUGAGAAAGGUCUCAAUAUGGUUUCUGAGGUGCACACUAUUCUCUCUGUUACGCUUUCCACUAAAGUUUUCACCCAGAUACCGAAAGCACGUUUCAAUGUUUUAGACUACGUUGAUACCCCGAAGGCUGCCAAGCGGUUUAUGAAGUCACGUUAUGGCAACUUCCUCGACGAUCCGUUCGCCUUCGACAAUGCAUUCUUUUGCGUCUCACCCCGAGAGGCGCGAAGCAUGGACCCACAACAGCGGCUGUUACUUCAAUCAUCAUAUCAUGCAUUAGAGGAUGCGGGAUAUGUACCCAAUGCCGCGCCGUGUUUCAAUCCAGCAACCUUUGGCGUCUUCGUUGGAGCUGCUACGAGCGAUUACGUUCAAAACCUGAAGAAUGAUAUUGAUGUAUACUAUACCACGGGAAAUCUGCCGGCGUUCCUCAGUGGGAAGCUCUCAUAUGCAUUCGGAUUCAGCGGACCAUCGAUAGUCGUCGAUACCGCAUGUUCAUCUUCCGUCGUCGCGAUACAACAAGCCUCUCGCGCUCUUUCAGCAGGUGAUUGCAACGCUGCCAUCGCUGGUGGCGUGAGCGUGAUCACCAAUCCCGAUAUGUACAUGGGUCUUGACCGGGCCCACUUUCUUAGUCCAACUGGACAAUGCAAACCUUGGGAUGCUUCAGCCGAUGGAUAUUGUCGGUCUGAAGGUUGCGGCAUGUUUGUACUUAAACGGCUUUCUGACGCUGUCAAGGAGAACGAUAGGAUCUUGGGCGUUAUUCGUGCUGUUGAAGUCAACCAAUCCGCGAAUGCCGAAUCCAUUACUCAUCCGCACGUUCCUACUCAAAUUAAUCUAUUCAACAAAAUUUUCGCAAGAGCUGGAGUUACGGCUCUUGAGGUCAGCGUUGUAGAAGCUCAUGGGACAGGCACGAAAGCCGGUGAUCCAACAGAGCUUGAAAGUAUUCGAGCAGUCCUGGCUAAUGCUCGCGCCAGUGACGAUCCACUGCACGUCACCUCUAUCAAAGCGAAUAUAGGGCACGCAGAAGCUGCCUCAGGCGCUGCGAGCUUAGCAAAACUUAUCUUGAUGUUCCAGAAUGACGUCAUCCCAGCUACCAUCUCUCUGAAGCGGCUCAAUCCUCAAAUUGUCCCUCUUCACUUGGAUGGUACCCGAAUCGAUACCGAGUCUUGUCUUUGGCCGAAAGGUCAGAAGAAGAGAUUGGCUCUGUUGAAUAAUUUUGGUGCCGCUGGGUCUAAUGCGGCUCUGUUACUGGAAGAACCGCCGGAGCUGCUGACCACUCCUGCGACAUUGGGCAACUCAGUUGUCCUUGGGCUGUCGUGCAAUUCGGAGGAAGCACUGGUGACGUUACGGACUGCAUAUAUCCGCCUGCUCAACGAUGAAGUUCUUGACGCACCUUCUCUCAUCAACAUCGCAUAUACAUCCACUGCCCGUCGACAACUCUACCAAUAUCGGGUUUCAGUCUCGGGACGAUCUCGCAGAGAACUGGUUGACAAAUUGGAGAAUGCCAAUUUUGUUGACGUUGAAAAACCUGGCAAGACCAUUUUCGUAUUCUCUGGGCAGGGUAGCCAAUAUCUUGGCAUGGGAGGGGACUUAUAUCGCACUGUGGCUCAAUUCCGUCGCAUCGUCGACGAAUGUCAUGCAAAGCUCCUGUCAUGGAACCUGCCCGGUGUUCUCCACAUAAUUCUUCGCGACGGGAUGCUCGUACAUCUUGAAAAUAUUCACAACUGCUCGCUCCAGACGGCCGUUUUCGUUUUGGAGUAUGCCCUUGCCUGUUUAUGGAUGUCGUGGGGUGUUAAUCCUGACGCUGUGGUAGGACAUAGUCUAGGAGAGUACGCGGCUCUUGUAGUCGCACAGGUCUUAGACCUCGAUGAUGCGUUGAGACUGGUGGCCACAAGGGCUCAACUCAUACACGAAAACUGCGCUGCGAACAAAACCGGAAUGUUGGCGGUGCAUAUGGACUGUAAAUCGAUGAUCAGCACGCUCACCCAUGAACCGAAGUAUGAUGGUUUGUCUAUUGCUUGCUUUAACAGUCCUCUCGAUUGUGUAGUUGCUGGGAAACUUGUAGCCUUGCACGGGCUCGAGGGUGAUCUGAAGAGGUUAGGCGUCUUCUGCAAACUCCUCGAUAUUCCCUACGCGUAUCAUACAGAAGCCAUGUCGCCAAUGUACAACUGCCUUGUCAACUAUGCCUCCAAGAUCAAAUUUGCCCCUCCGGCCAUUCCAAUAUAUUCAAAUGUUCAUGGAACCGUGAUUUUUACUGGAGAUUCUUCUGCCUUUAACGCCGAAUACUUCUCUCGUCAAUCGGUCGAACCUGUUCUUUUCGAGAAUUGUGUUUCCGAAAUGUCUGCAAUCGACGGGUUCAAAUCGAACCUUAGAUGGAUUGAGAUAGGCUCUCACCCGACGACGCUUCCCAUGCUACGUUCUUCAAGCCAGUCUCAGUCCCAUGUCUUCUUGCCUUCCCUUCGCAGGAAUGUCGGAGGCAAUCACACCUUGGUCGCCUCGUUGUCCGAGCUUUACUGCACCUCGUCCAUCAUUGACUGGCGGGCCGUUUUUGCUGAUCUCGCUCCCGGGGCUAGCUUGACGCAACUUCCAGCCUAUCCUUUCUCAACUAGGAACCAAUACUUCGUUCCUUUCCAAGAAGAUACCUCAUGUGCCAACCCUCCACCUGCAAUUCGACCUGCUACUCACCGUGACUACUCGCUUCUAGGAACUUGCCUCCGAAUGUCGUCUACCCUUGAUGAGACAUGUGCAGUGUUCGAAACUCCCAUUGGCUUGCUCGCUGCGUUCAUCGAAGGGCAUAAAAUUGGAGGCCGUGGCCUUUGUCCAGCCUCGCUGUAUACCGAAUUGGCGAGUGCAGCCGUACAUACAGUCUUCACUAAGCUCGGUGAUUGGCAGGAGGGAUCUACCAUCGCGUUGUUGAAUACGUCAUUCUCGAGCGCCUUGGUUUACUCUGAAGAUAUUCCAACACAUAUAAGGACAACUGUCACCCUUCCUGCAAACCCGUCAAAGCUCCCAGGGACUUUCGUGAUCAGCUCAUCUUCGACUCUUUCCCCAUCCAAUGAACAUGUUCAUUGCAACGGCACGUUUGUAAAGCACAUAUCGACGUCGAGAGAGAAGAAACUGCAAGAACAGGAACCGGUCGUGAAACGCCGCGCGGAUUCGGUGCUAAACGACCUGAACUCGGAGACCCUUCGGACCCGUACAGUCUAUGAUAUCAUCUUUCCUCGCAUCGUCUCUUAUGCAUCAAUAUACCAAUCCAUUCGGUCUAUUACCAUCCACUCUAAUGGCAUCGACUCCUAUGCAGAGAUGCAAAUUCCUGAUGAUUCCAUGUCAGGCGAAUACUUCCUUUACCCUGUCUUCGUGGACACGUUGGUGCAUAUGGCCGGUUUCGUCGUCAAUUUGAGCACUGGUCAACACCAGGCUUUCAUUUGCGACUGUAUUGACAAAGUCGACAUUCUUUUGGACAAGAUUGAUCUCACAGUACGCCAUGGUCUAUACUGCACUAUCGAAUCGGUGUCCGAAACAUCUGCAUCUGCCUCGGUCUAUGCUACGGCGCUGGGAGGCGUGUCAAAAGGUCGUGUUGUGGCUCGAGUUAAGAGUGUCCGUUUCCGCAAGCUCAAUCUACUUUCCUUCACACGCACAUUGUCAUCUCAUAAUGCACCGGCUUUAGAGCAAGAUCGUUUAAGGGAUUGGAUGAACCAACAAGCUUCUCGUAGCCCAUUCGUCCCAUCCUUGACUGAUAUGACGCUUGUGGACGAUUCUCCUCGCCCUAGUCCUGCCUCAAGUCAGUCCUUGAUGGCAACACUAAGAAAAACCGUUGCUGUCACACUAGAAAUCCCAGUCAGCGCUGUACAGGAUGAAACGCCGCUCAAUCUGCUUGGGUUCGAUUCAUUAACCUCCAUCGAGGUGUUACAAGCUCUGCGAUCUGUUUUGGAUAUCGACUUGCCAGAGAAUUCUCUCCACGCUUGCGGUUGUCUCAGGGAUAUCUUUGAAACUAUUACAUCCAAUAUCCUUCCGCAAACAUUGCCUAUGUUCCUGCAGUCAGCUUCUACCCCUUCAGAUGUAUCAUCCUCUGGUUUGGGCGAUUUCACUAAUAUGAUAUCGACGUCGAACGUGACUCACAAAACGAAGACCAUCCUUGCGUCCGUGCUGGGUGUACCUAUAGGCGCUUUCUCCGAUAACGAGAAGUUGGAACGUCUGGGGUUAGACUCUUUGACCAUGAUUGAGGCUCAUCACGAGCUUCAACGAGAGUUUAACACAAGGCUCCCGGUGGAACUACUUCGCGAAAGCAACACUCUUCACGAGCUUCAAAAAAACAUCUGCUUUGCGCUGACUAUGCGCCGCUCCUCGACUCCCACUCCAUCGUUACCCCUUAUCUGGGACUGGAAUGAAGCAAACCCUGUUCGACUGCAAUACGGUGAUCGAAAUGUCCCGCCCUUGUUCUUAAUCCACGACGGCAGCGGUCUGACGACAUCCUAUGCUCGGCUGGGCUCUCUCGGAUGCAACGUUUAUGGCGUACAUAAUCCCAGGUUCUCUACCGGUAAUCCUUGGGAAGGUGGUAUAUUAGAGAUGGCUUCUUCUUACGCUGUAAUGAUAACAGAUCUGGGAUGCGAAAGCUGCUUUGUGGGAGGCUGGUCUAUCGGCGGUGUCAUUGCGUAUGAAGUCGCAUGCCGAUUGAUUAAAGCCGGGAAGCAUGUCAUUGGAUUAAUUCUCAUCGAUUCGCCUUCUCCAGAGACAACGGAAGUCUUACCGGAUGUUCUCAUUGAUACAGUGUCUCGUCGGCGAGCUCUGGAGCCACGACCCUCCGAGCAGUUGUGCAUCCAACUGAAAUUGUCAACUCAAGCUCUUGUGCAGUAUGACCACCGUAGUUCUCCCGUAAACGAUGCCAGUGCUCCCAGAGCCGUGAUGUUACGAUGCAGUGAAGGAGUUGACGUCCCGCACGCUGCCAGCUCGUCCUCGAUAUCCUGGCUCACCGAUAGACGUAUACCAUCGUCAGUUGUUGCUCCAUGGGAGACGACACUUGGUUUUGCAGUUCCUAUUGUAGACGUUGGAGGUGACCAUUUCAGUGCAUUCGAUGAGGAGCAUAUUCCCAGAAUGUCGGCAGCGUUAAAGGAGGCUAUGGAGUUGCUUUCUAACACCUAAUGUGUUUAACUGAUGUAUAAAUUGGCUCCAAUAAUUUACCGAUUGUAGGAGGACUUUGACUCGCCAGGAUAGCUUUAAGGAUGGCACGAUUCAUGAGAUUACUC